CUGAUUGGAUCAUACGAUGAACCUGUAUUUCCGGUACUGCCCUAAUAACAGCGGUGGUGAUGUGAAAACAGAAAGAAAAACAUCGACAUUUUGGAUCAUUUCUCCCUCUUUUCAAUCAUGUCCGCUCCCAGUUUUCUCCUGGCUGUCCUCGCUCUGUCUCUGGGAUCUGGUAAGAUGGACAUUUACCGAAAAAGUCUUUUUCUUUAUGACAAUUAACGGCGGUUUGCCAUCUUAACUGUGGGCAUUUCACCCGAAAUAACCUCAGUGUUUUAAAUCACUGUCACCUGAAUAUUCACGGUUUAUCUCCGUGUUAAAUCUUUGGGUGAACAUUAUGAGAAGGCCUACACCUGUGUCAUUUGUACCCAUGUUGAAAUGCCCUUUAAAUAAGAUCGUGAGCCACCAUCUAAAUCUUAUAUUUAACUGUAUAUUUUAUUUAUCUGUCUGUGUUUGAAGGAGACUGCAAAUACAUCAUAGACCCAGAGAAAUACCUGGUAAGCCCGUCUUUAUCUCCUACAUUUUCAUCAUUGUGGCCAUCAAACCAAUAGAAAACUGUAUUUUAGCUUUAAAGGACACUGUUCUGAGGGAAAAUAUGUUUUAUUUCUAUCUUCCUGCAUAUGCAAGUGUGUUUUUAUCACUCACUAUGAAUGAUUUUCAUGAUUUUUGCUUUAGUAAUAUGUAGCACCGUUAGAAAACCUUUAUCCUGGCUCAUUAAAAACAGGAUAAGGCUUUUAAUAAUAAUAAUAAUAAUUCAUCAGAUUUCAAAUAGCGCUUUAUCAGAGACCCUCAAAGUACUUUACAUUGGAUACAUCAUUCAUUCGCUCACACAGUCACACCCUGUGGUGGUAAACUACCUUAGUAGACUGACGGAAACGUGGCUGCCAGUUUGCAUCUACAGUCUCUCCGACCACCACACAACACUCAAUCGUACACAAGUGGAGGACACACACUGGGAGAAAAGUGGGUUAAGUGUGUUGCCAAAGGACACAACAGACAGACUAGGGAUAGGAGGGAAUUGAACCGCCAACCUUCCAGUUAUUGGACGACCACUCUACCUCCUGAGCUACUGCCGCACCUAGUUUUCAAAGUCUUCAGCUCUCAGUCAGCAGAUUCAAAUUAAAAACUAGAUUAGAUUAAAAUGUCAAAACUAACAAAGCCUGAUUCAUAUGAACGAGUUUGGUAUGAGUGUCUCUAAAUAUGCAUGAUCUAACUGCAAUCUUUUUUCAUUAGUCACUGGAUAUUUGCUCAGAAUGCAGCCAGAUCGUCCAGCUUUCCGCCAACAUGAUCUCCAGCAGAGACACCAAGGUAAGAGUAUGUGUGGAAUAUGAACAAGUUACACCCUGUUUAUACAACAAAAACAUAUCAAGAGGAAUUAAAGGAGAAUACACAACAUACCUAACAACAUUAAUCUGUGUAAAUAGUGUUCAUUUGUGCGUGUGUUAGCUCACUGCUGUGUUUUUGCAGGAAACUGUUUAUGAAGCUCUGCAUGGCCUGUGCUAUCGUCUUCCUGAAGAACAGGCAUCUGAGUGUGACUCACAGGUGAAGUCAUAUCUGCCAAAAAUGCUGCAGCAAACACCCGGUCACCUGGUGAGUUUAACCCUUUCACGCUUUACUACUAAUGAAAGAAAAAUUAAUGCAUUUUCAUUCACUGAUGCCCUUUACCGCGUCUACACAGAAACCAAAACAGGCCUGUGGGGCGUUUGGACUUUGUUCUGCCCGUAAAGAGGAAGAGACGCUGAAACUUCCCGAACACGUCGCUGAUAAAGACAUAUCCAACCCUGACACAGCUGCCAACACUCAAGUCAGUGUGACAGUGAUUAUUAAAACUGACAUACAAGCCGUGUUUUUGCUUUCAUUCUGAUAUUCUCUUCAUUUCUGCUCCCCCUCCUCUCUUUAGAAGCUGUUCAACCCUAUUUGCAGCCUGUGUGUUCUUGUUAUCCAGAAACUGGAGACCUUGCUGCCUGAAAAUAUGACUGAGGUGACCCUUCUUAUUCAGUAUCAUGAGACACAUACACUCCCUACACUCUGCAGUGUCGCUCUGUAUCACGUCUCAUCUUCCUUUCCUGCAGGAUGCCCUGAUGAAGCUCAUGGAGGAGGUGUGUGAUCUUAUGCCUCAGAGCUACAAGGACCAAUGCGAGGAUUUUGUCAGCAAAUACGGCGAUCAGAUCGUGGAGUUCCUCCUGUCGUCUGCUGCACCGCACACAAUAUGCACUCUUUUGCACCUCUGUAUGUUCGAGGAGCCGACUAUUCAAGGUAAGCCACAUGCUUUCGAUAAAUAUUUUUUGACUGUUUUUAAUUUAUUAGUUCCUCCUCAAAUUCACACUUCCCUUUUUGUUAUGUCAGAAGUUUCCCUUCCCUCGGAUUGUGACUCAUGCCGAACGCUGGCUGUGCUCAGCCGACUUCACCUGGGUCUUAACUCCACCCAACCUGAAGUGUCCUCUUUCCUCCAGUCUGUGUGUGCCCAGCACCCUAAAGCCAUCCCUAAGGUCUGAUUGUCUGUACAUCCUUAUCCAUCAGAGCUCCACCAACAAAACAAACUUCCAUCAGAGUUCAAACCAGCUAUCAAAUUUUAUUCUGUUUAUUUAUUUCGUUCUCUGCUGAUUUCGCCUUUCUGUCAAUUUCUCCUGUUCUCUCUCUAGUGUGAGGCUUUCAUCAAAAUCUACGGCUCUCGACUGCAGCAGGUUCUGAGGAACCAGGAGGAUGUUCCACUACUAUGUGAAGUAAGGUUCUAUAAAACCAUCAUAUUUACAACCACCUUUUCAACUGGAGUGACAAAAAGAAUUUAAGAUCCAUGUCUUCAUACAGUUGCUCUGCAGUAAACAGAAUGAACACAGAAAUUACAAGUAUUAGAGUUUUCUAUCCCAUGUUUUAAAGUGCGUCAUUUUCUCAGCUCUUUAUCCCUUUGUCCCGCAGAGAGCGGAUCUUUGCGCUGCCUCCAAGAAAGCAGAACUGCUGGGAAAGAAUCACUGCACUUGGGGACCGAGCUACUGGUGCAAAGACAUUGAAACUGCUAAGAAGUGUGGAGUAAGUUCAGUCCAGUCAGUCAUGAUUUAAGUCAUGCAUUUAUCACUGUUACCUUCUGUCUGGAGUCAUGUGUUUUUGUUUCACUUCUCAUUUCUGUUUUUAACUGCAGAACCACGCCUUCUGUGAGAAGUACAUUUGGAAGCAGUGAAAGUUCCUCCCUGUCCUGAAGUUUUCUGCACUUUCAAAAAGUUUCAUCGCACUGUAUCAUGCUUCAAGAUCUGUAAAUGUCAUGCACUGAUCAAUCUUUUUAAAACCUUGAGAAAAUUAUAAGCUUAAAUGCACUUUCAGUCACUGAAGUCAUGGAUAGUUUUCAUGAAUUCUCCAGCUUGCAUGUAGAGUCAGAAGACUGAGGCUGGAAUUCAGCCCAGAACAUCAGUCUUGCAGGGGUGAAGAGUUUAGUGCACUGUGUUAUUUAGUAAAAUGAUAAAUAUGUUGUUAUGAAUGUGGAAACAAAAGAGUCGCUAUCUAUCAUUCAAUGUGAUGAUAAUUCAGUAAGUGUUAAUAAAUGUUUGGACAACAGACCACUUAAAAAAUCUCUGUUACUGUUUCUUUUGUGCUUUAACUUCCAUCGAACACUUUGGCAUUUAAAUCUAAAACGAAGGCAGAAACACGUGUCUUUGAGUUUGUUUAUUUAGAAACUCCCGAAAAGUAAAAGGAUAAAAUUGUGAAAAAACAGACAUAAACAAUUAUUGUUUUUUUGUUUUUUGUGUGUGUGUGUUUUUUUUCCACUGAUGAAAUACUCAGUUCAUUUCCAAAAUGGUGACAACACUUUCGGUCUUUCAAGCUGAGGAAAAUCCUGCCUCACUUACGCCACCGUGUGGUUGUUUGUGUCAUCAUCGCCUCCUUGUCUCUUCCAGAUCUGUGAGAGGAGAAAAAAAACAGCAUUUGUGAAUUAUUUUUAAAAUUAAAUCAUGAAAAUAUUCACACAUAUAAUCAUAUAACUUGAUAAUGUAACAUAUUUAUAUCUGCACAAAGACUAUCCUAUAGUAAUUAUACAUAUGAAAAAAGAACAAGAACGACUAAUAUUCACGAUAUUAUGUUCUCGUGGAUCUAUAAUGACUGUUAAAACUUUCAGUCAGUUCAAUUAAAAAGAGACAGACAUAAAAAACUAUCAGGUCCUAAUCUUUACAGAUCAACAGAUGAGUUAUUAUAUUCUAGAUGUCAAUUACAUGUUCAAAUCCCUCUUAAAAAGACUUUGUUAGUCGUCAAAAUCUAAAAAACAUCCUAACGACACGUUCAAAUCGGUUAAGCUCAUUAUAAACAGAAUGGUUACACAUUUUAGCUUUAAUAAUCGAACACAAAAAAGAAGAAAUACAAGAGGUCGGAUGGUUACUUUCCAACCACAGCUUUAGUUUCUCACCUGCAGAAAUCCAUCAGAUCCAGUAAUUGUUUUCAUUUUCUCAUUCAUGCAUUAGCGGACGCACAUCACACAGGUAGACAAAAUGUUUCCACCUCUUGACUUCAGGGAAGCAGGAAAACUUUUAAAGUCAGCAGAACUUGUUUUUGCUGUCUCUGCUUUCUCUGACUCCAGCAGUGGACGCCGAGUCUCUGAAAAUUGCAGCUCCAAGCUACCGGAGAGCUUCACCUCAUCGGUUCUCGAGGUUUCUUUUGAGUGCGUGUUUAGUUUUAUUUUUCAAACUUGCAUAAGUAAAAGGAUCAAAUAAAGAACAGAUGGUGGAAAAACAACAACCACAAUCCUCCUUUUACUCUGCCGGACUUGUUUUGAUCAGUUUUCUGUUUAAGAUCACUGAUAUCUUGUAUCUAUUCAUGAUGCAGUAAAGACCACAGCUGCCUA